CUCUCUCUCUCUCUGCAUUCCUUACUUUGUGGGAGCAGUGGCUGGAAUUAGUAGUUGGAGAUUUGGAGUAAGAACUUUGAAGAUUUUAUGGGGGAGCCCAGAUCAAAUCAAAAGCUCAAAAGGGCAGAAAUAAAAUAAAGAAGAGAACUGAAAAAGAAGGGGAAAAGGGUGAAACCAGACACUUUUGUUUUUAUUCUCCUCCUGUUAUCUUUUGUGGGUGCAAUAAUCCCUCUCCUCUUCACUGCAACUGCAACAUGGGAACAAUACCAAAUCCUUCUCUCUGGUUAUGUUUCUUUGAGCUUCUCAUCCCAUCCUUGUCUUGGCAGAGCCAUUAAAUGGCAUAUCAACUUGCUUGGUUAAAGACCCACCACCCAACUUCUUUGAUGCUCAUCUCUCUCUUCAUGCCUUGCUAGUGUUUUCUUGAUACAGUUAGUGAUGGCUGAUCAAGGCAAGAGUGGUGGGGUGAGGGAAUACAGGAAAGGUAAUUGGACAGUCCAUGAGACUAGUGUGCUUAUUGCUGCAAAGAAGAUGGAUGAAGAGAGGAGAAUGAAGAAAAGUGGAGAGGGUCAGGGGAGGAGCAGACCAGCUGAGCUGCGAUGGAAAUGGGUUGAGGAUUAUUGUUGGAGACAUGGGUGUUUGAGGAGCCAAAACCAGUGUAAUGACAAGUGGGAUAAUCUGAUGAGAGAUUACAAGAAAGUGAGAGAAUAUGAGAGAAGGUUAGCUGAGAGAGGAGGUGGAGAAGAAGAGUCUUAUUGGAAGCUUGAGAAGAAUGAGAGGAAAGAAAGGAACUUGCCUUCUAAUAUGCUGCCUGAGAUAUAUGAUGAUGUGGUAGAAGUGGUGGAGAAAAGAGGUGUCCCAAGGGUGAGUGGUGAAUCAGUUCCUAACAUUGGUCUUGUCAUGGACAAGCGUACUUCUAGUGGUCAGCCUUCAUCAAUGCCUCCUCUAUUGCAGUGCUAUCACAGUUCAAAUCCAACUCCACCAUUACCACUACCACCACCACCACCACCUCCUCCUGCUCAACUUUCUCAGCCAUUGCCCUCAUUAGAUUCUGAUACAAGUGAGCAUUCAAACUCAUCAGCAAAGAGAAGGAGAAGGGGAGAAGGAACCAGCAGCUCAGGUAACACCUCAUAUGAAGUGGGUUCUGCAAUCUCUAAGAGUGCUUCUAUUAUAGCAGAAGCUCUCCAAGCUUGUGAAGAAAAGGAGGAGAAGAGGCACAGGGAUCUUCUCAGUUUGCAAGAGAGAAGACUCAAGGUGGAAGAGUCAAAGACUGAGAUCAAUAGGGAAGGAACUAAUGGUCUUGUUGAUGCCAUUAACAAGCUUGCCAGUUCUAUACUUGCCUUAGUUUCAGACAAGAAUUCAUCUGCUCUAAAAUGACCAAAUUGAAUAAAAAGAACACGUGAUUAACAUUGAACACUCAAGACCCAUUUGCUUGCUUGUAUAUAAAUGAGAACACAUUUGUGUUUUUUCCA